AUGACUGAUGCCUUGGCUACCUUAGCUUUCAUUAUCAAAGUGAACAAACAAGAGGAUGUGAAACCUAUCCAGAUAAGUAUUUAUGAGGCUUCGACCCAUUGUUACUACUUUAAGAAAGAAGAAAGGGAUGAUCACCCUUGGUGCUAUGACAUAUUACAAUAUGUAAGGAACUAUGAAUACCCCAAGCAGGCAAUCGAGAAUGAUAAAAGGACUUUAAGAAGUUUGACCAAUGAAAAUGUCCUAGAUGGAGAGGUUCUAUACAAAAGAGGAAAGGAUCAGGUGUUACUGAGAUGUGUAAAUUUUGUUGAGGCUAAGAAAAUCCUAGAAGAAGUACAUGAGGGUGUUUGCAGAACACAUGCUAAUGGUUUCAUAAUAGCUAGGAAAAUCAUGAGAUUAGAAUAUUAUUGGUCCACCAUGGAAGGGGAUUGGCAUGGAUGUCAUCAGGCCGAUCUCGCCAAAGGCUUUCAAUAA